CUCCCCGCGGCAGGCAGCAGACACUAUUUGAGCCCGGACCAUCGGAUCGCUAUAGAGAACCGCUCCAGUGUCGUCAAUGGGAAGCGCGAGAGACGGUGGCAGCAGCGCGCGUUACGCUCCAGACUGAAAGCCGCAGCCGCACCAUGCUCUCCAGCUCCAGCCCCAGCGUGUGGAUGACUCCGCUGCUCCUGGUGAGCUGCCUGGCCGCCAGCGGGGGGGCGCAGAGCGCCAAGGAAGUGAUUCUCCUGGACUCCAAGGCGCAGCAGACAGAGCUGGAGUGGAUCUCCUAUCCUCCCAAUGGGUGGGAAGAGAUCAGCGGCCUGGAUGAGAACUACACACCCAUCCGCACCUACCAGGUGUGUAAAGUCAUGGAGCCCAAUCAGAACAACUGGCUGCGGACUAACUGGAUAGAGAAGGGCGAUGCCCAGAGAAUUUUUGUCGAGCUGAAAUUCACCCUGAGGGAUUGUAACAGCCUGCCUGGUGUGGUGGGCGCCUGCAAGGAGACCUUCAACCUGUAUUACCAGGAGACGGACUCGGAGGUCGGCCGGGGCCUGAGGGAGAAUCAGUACGUGAAAAUCGACACGAUCGCUGCAGACGAGAGCUUCACCCAGGGCGACCUGGGCGAGAGAAAGAUGAAGCUGAACACAGAGGUGCGUAUAAUCGGGCCGCUGUCCAGACGGGGCUUCUACCUGGCCUUCCAGGACGUGGGGGCCUGCAUCGCCCUGGUCUCCGUCAAAGUCUACUACAAGAAGUGCUGGUCGAUCAUCGAGAACCUGGCCACCUUCCCUGACACGGUGACGGGAUCCGAGUUUUCUUCGCUGGUGGAGGUGGAGGGCAGGUGUGUGAAUGACGCCGAGGAGGAGGCCGACAACUCCCCCAAGAUGCACUGCAGUGCUGAAGGAGAAUGGCUCGUGCCCAUUGGGAAAUGUAUAUGCAAAGCUGGAUUUCAUCAGAAAGGAGACGCUUGUGAACCAUGCGGUCGUGGUUUCUACAAGUCGUCCUCUCAGGACCUCCAGUGCUCUCGCUGUCCGGCGCACAGCUUCAACGACCGCGAGGGCUCAUGGCGCUGCGACUGUGAGGACGGCUACUACCGAGCGCUCUCCGACCUGCCAUCUGUAGCCUGCACAAGACCUCCCUCGGCGCCACAGAACCUGGUCUACAACAUCAACCAGACCACCGUUAAUCUAGAGUGGAGCCCGCCGGCCGACGCUGGCGGGCGGAAUGAUGUCACCUACAGGGUGAUAUGCCGAAGCUGCCGCUGGGAGUCUGAGGAAUGCGAACCAUGCGGUCCGAACGUGGGAUACUCUCCUGGACAGUCGGGAUUAGUGGACACUUAUGUAAGCGUCACGGACCUCCUCGCUCACGCCAACUACACCUUCGAGGUGGAAGCUGUCAACGGAGUGUCUGACCUGAGCCGGACGCAGAGGCUGUUUGCGGCGGUCAGCAUCGCUACCGGUCAAGCAGCUCCGUCGCAGGUCAGCGAGGUCAUCAAGGAGAAGGUGCAGCAGCGCAGCGUCCAGCUCUCCUGGCAGGAGCCGCAGCAACCCAACGGCGUCAUCACCGAGUAUCAAAUCAAGUACUAUGAAAAAGAUCAGAAGGACCCGAUCUCCUCCACAGUGAGGUCCAAGUCUACCUCUGUUACCGUCAACAACCUGAAACCGGACACGGCUUAUGUGUUCCAGAUUAGGGCCAUCACAGAGGCGGGAUACGGAACCUUUGGACCCAGACUGGAGAUAACCACCAGAAAAGAUGGCGCCAAUACUGCGAUUGUCUCCAGCGAGCAGAACCCCGUCAUCAUCAUAGCCGUGGUGGCCGUGGCGGGGACCAUCAUCCUGGUGUUCAUGGUGUUCGGCUUCAUCAUCGGGAGAAGGUACGCUCUCGCGGGCCCCAUUGACUCUCCGCUCCUGCACUGCGGGUACAGCAAAGCCGAUCAGGAGGGGGAUGAGGAGCUCUACUUUCAGUUUAAAUUUCCAGGCACCAAAACCUACAUUGACCCCGAAACCUACGAGGACCCAAACAGGGCUGUCCAUCAAUUUGCCAAGGAGUUGGAUGCCUCCUGCAUAAAAAUCGAGCGUGUUAUUGGAGCAGGAGAGUUCGGGGAGGUGUGCAGCGGUCGACUGAAGCUGCCUGGGAAGCGGGACGUGUCGGUCGCCAUAAAGACGCUGAAAGUGGGCUACACCGAGAAGCAGAGGCGGGAUUUCCUGUGCGAGGCCAGCAUCAUGGGACAGUUUGAUCAUCCCAACGUGGUCCACCUGGAGGGGGUGGUGACCAGAGGAAAACCGGUGAUGAUUGUCAUCGAGUACAUGGAGAACGGCUCAUUAGAUGCUUUCCUCAGGAAACACGACGGUCAGUUCACAGUCAUCCAGUUGGUGGGGAUGCUGCGGGGCAUUGCAGCAGGAAUGAGAUAUCUGGCUGAUAUGGGCUACGUCCACCGAGACCUGGCUGCGCGGAACAUCCUCGUCAACAGCAAUCUCGUAUGUAAAGUCUCAGACUUCGGCCUGUCAAGGGUGAUAGAGGACGAUCCCGAGGCUGUCUACACAACAACUGGUGGGAAGAUUCCUGUCCGAUGGACGGCACCAGAGGCCAUCCAGUACCGUAAAUUCACCUCCGCCAGUGAUGUGUGGAGUUAUGGCAUCGUCAUGUGGGAGGUCAUGUCCUACGGGGAGCGGCCCUACUGGGACAUGUCCAAUCAAGACGUCAUUAAGGCAAUAGAUGAAGGCUAUCGCCUGCCAGCACCCAUGGACUGCCCCCCAGGCCUGCACCAGCUAAUGCUGGACUGCUGGCAGAAAGACCGCGCCGAACGCCCAAAGUUUGACCAGAUUGUUGGCAUCCUGGAUAAAAUGAUCCGUAACCCUAACACCUUAAAAACCCCUGUGGGCACGUGUACCAGACCAAUUAGCCCCCUGUUAGAUCAGAGCACACCAGACUUCGCUGCUUUCCGCUCAGUGGGAGAGUGGCUGGAAGCCAUCAAGAUGGAGCGAUACAGAGACAACUUCACAGCGGCCGGCUACAGUUCCUUGGAGUCUGUGGCCCGGAUGUCAAUCGAGGAUGUGAUGAGCUUGGGAAUCACACUAGUGGGCCACCAGAAAAAGAUAAUGAGCAGCAUACAGACUAUGAGAGCCCAGAUGCUGCAUCUUCAUGGUACCGGCAUCCAGGUGUGACGAGCUGCAACAGGACCCAUCAGUCAGGGCAAGAGAACUCAAGCGAGACUUAUCAGGAGCAGCGCCUGGGUGGCACCCGGCCCCAUGGUCAAAGUCCACGGACAUCUGCUGUGUCUGACUCCUCCUGCUGCGUCUGGAGGGAAAUCAUUCCUUUGUUCCUCGGCGAGGGAAUGAGGUCCGUUUCUUCAAAGGGCACUAAAGAGAGAGAAAGGGCAAGAAACAGCAACAAAAAGCAACUACCUGUAUGAGAUGACUCUUUUUUUCUUUCCUGUUUGUAGAAGCGCUUCAGAACUCAAUCACAUAUCAAAGGGGCGAGUUGGACAGGAGUUUUAUUACCUUAAUGAUUGAAAUAAGCGCACACCGUAGAUGUGGAUUUCCUUUACAAAGCAGACAAAAAAAGAAAAAAAAAAAAAACUUGCUUUGGUUCCUUUUUCUAAAGUCUUUUUUCUAUGUGAUUGCCACAAAGAAAUGCUGUGGCACGCAGGACUUUUUCCCUUCUUCUCCUCUGAUGUGACAACAGGGUAAAUCUUAUCCAGAUGCCGGUGGAGCUUUGCAUCGCAGACUUCCAGGUACUGUUUGAGUCACGUUGCAGUUUUUCUCUUUUCUUUAACGUGCUUUCCACAUCAUAACUGCAUCCUGACGCACUCGCUUCCACUCCACAAAUUAGCGGCUUUGCUAGAAUCUCAAAAGUUGAAAGGAGUUUGCACAAACUGGCGAUUUCUUUCCUCUAAUCACCCAUUUUUUAUAUCAGAGUAGCAAUAUCUGUCUUAAUAUUCACAACAUGACUGUAAGAAUCUGCGUGCACAGUUCAAAGAUUGUAGGAAAUUUGCAACCACCCAUUGUUCUGCCCUCAUUAUGCUUGAAAUGUUGCACAUAAUUUUGUUUUUUGGAAAUGGUUGAAGCUGCAGAUAAUGUUAAAGGGUGAAUCCCAGAACAGAGGAGAUGUCAUACUGCCUUAAAACAUGUUUAGAUUUAGUAUUGCCGAUGUUUUUAGGUACUUUAAAUGGUGAUGCUUUCUGUGGCUCCUUUGGAGGGCUUUUUGUCACUUUUUUUUGUUGUUUGUUUUCUUAUAACUUGUGGUAUUGUGUCUUCUGAUCUUGGACUUGAUCUGGUGUGCACAAACUCAAAUGAUUGCAGAGGAAUAACAGAGUCAAGAGGGGGAGAGUUUGACUAAAAGAGCAAUAAUUACCAGGGAGAAACAGUCUUCACCAGAGAUCCUUUAAGGUGCUAGAUAUGAAAGGCAUGUCGUUGUGUGCUGACCAUCCCUUUGGAGAGAUUCCGUCACCCCCUGACAGGGAAAAAGGAAUGUACUUCUGUGACCUGGAACGGUUCGGAGAGCGCUCCGUUGCCGAGUCAUCAAAUGAAAUCGUCUUGUUGUGUUUUGCCUCUAUGAUAUGGUAAACAUUUGAUGAAAAUCUAACAUGGCGUGGAAAUGUCGAACAGAGUUGUUGCAAAAGAUGAAAGUCGCGCCAUUUGAAACUAAAAAGGUGCCAAUUAGCCAUGCUAACAUCAUCCUCCAACACAUUGCACCACCCAGAAAUCAAAGAGCUCCUUCAGGGUCGGAGUCUGAAGA